AUGCCGGUUAGAAGAGGGCACGUUGCUCCACAAAACACCUUUUUAGGACUCAUUAUCCGGAAAUUCGAGGGGGAGAAUCGCAAAUUCAUCAUAGCAAAUGCCAGGGUGGAAAACUGUGCGAUCAUCUAUUGCAACGAUGGCUUUUGCGAGAUGACCGGUUUCUCCAGACCGGACAUCAUGCAAAAGCCCUGCACCUGUGACUUCCUCCACGGAGAGCUCACGGACAAGGAUGCCAUCGCCCAGGUCAACCAGGCUGUGGCCGGGUCCGAGGAGCGCAAAGUGGAGAUCAACUACUAUCGCAAAGAUGGCUCAGACUUCCAGUGCACCACUCACAUCAUCCCAGUGAAGAACGAGGAGGGCAUAGUCAUGAUGUUCAUCGUCAACUUUGACUAUGUGUUGGACGAGGGCAGUGACAACUCUACAGAGAGGUUAAGCCCCACGUCGCCCACCAAGUCCGACCAGAGGAGAAGCCGAUUUUUCCGCUUCAGACAGGCUGCCUUGAGCCUCAUGAACACCAACAAGCAGUCGCUGCCGCAGGAGGACCCGGACGCCGUGAUGGUGGUGGACUCGCCCAAGGAUGCCGACGACUGCCUGGCCCUGCAGAGCUUCCCCUCCCCGACCAAGAGCAUCUGCAGCCCCCUGGAGGCCAACGACACCCACGCCCUCAUCAGCUCCAGCCACCACUCGUCCCAGGCCAGCCUCACGGGGCCUGAGCCAGUCGACCACUCCUCCCCCAAGCUUCCGUGGGAUAAGUUAUACCAGGUGGAGGGGCAUCAGUCCUUCACGUCUUUGUCCAACACGUUCCCCCGCGGCAGUAUCAGCAGCAUCAGGCGUGCGUCGUCCGUGCACGAGAUCGAAGGCUACAGCUGCAACUCCAAGAACGCAGUGCUGAGAGACAGGCACACCAGUGAAGACAAUGUCAGAGGGCCUUUCAAUCACGUCAAGUCAAGUCUGCUCGGUUCUACCUCGGAUUCUAACAUCAACAAGUACAGCACUAUUCACAAAAUCCCCCUGAUCGCACUGAACUUCACCGAGACCACGGAGAAGAAGACGCACACUUCGCCCACCUCAGAAAUACCCAUCAUCGCGCCCAAGGUCAAGGAGCGGACUCACAAUGUCACUGAGAAAGUCACGCAGGUCUUAUCGCUGGGCGCAGACGUCUUGCCCGAGUACAAGCUCCAGACGCCGCGCAUCGACAAGUUUACCAUCCUCCACUACAGCCCGUUCAAAGCUGUGUGGGACUGGCUCAUCCUCCUCUUGGUCAUCUACACGGCCAUCUUCACCCCGUACUCCGCCGCCUUCCUCCUCAACGACCAGGAGGAGCAGAAGAGGCGCGAGUGUGGAUACUCCUGCAACCCGCUCAAUGUGGUGGACCUCAUGGUGGACAUCAUGUUCAUCAUCGACAUCCUCAUCAACUUCAGGACCACCUACGUCAACGCCAACGAGGAAGUGGUCAGUCACCCGGCCAGGAUAGCCAUACACUACUUCAAAGGCUGGUUCCUUAUCGACAUGGUGGCGGCUAUUCCCUUCGACCUGCUCAUCUUUGGCUCGGGAUCAGAUGAGACCACCACUCUGAUUGGUCUGCUGAAGACAGCCCGCCUGCUGCGGUUGGUGCGUGUGGCCAGGAAGCUGGACCGCUAUUCCGAGUACGGAGCGGCCGUGCUUAUGCUGCUCAUGUGCAUCUUCGCUCUGAUCGCACACUGGCUGGCCUGUAUCUGGUACGCCAUUGGAAACGUGGAGAAGCCGUACCUGGAGCACAAGAUCGGCUGGCUGGACAACCUGGGCGUGUCCAUCGGCAAGAGGUACAACUACAGUGACCCCACGUCCGGACCCUCCAUCAAGGACAAGUACGUCACCGCGCUGUACUUCACCUUCAGCAGUCUGACCAGUGUGGGCUUCGGAAAUGUGUCCCCCAACACCAACUCCGAGAAGAUCUUCUCCAUCUGCGUCAUGCUCAUCGGCUCUCUCAUGUACGCCAGCAUAUUCGGGAAUGUGUCGGCCAUCAUCCAGAGGCUGUACUCGGGCACGGCUCGCUACCACGCCCAAAUGCUCCGGGUCAAAGAGUUCAUCCGGUUCCACCAGAUCCCCAACCCGCUGCGGCAGAGGCUGGAGGAGUACUUCCAACACUCCUGGACCUACACCAACGGCAUCGACAUGAACACGGUGUUGAAAGGCUUCCCCGAGUGUCUGCAGGCCGAUAUUUGUCUCCACCUCAACAAGAGCCUUUUACAGAACACCAAAGCGUUCCAGGGGGCGUCUCAGGGCUGUCUGCGGGCGCUGGCCAUGCGCUUCCAGACCACCCACGCGCCGCCUGGAGACACCCUGGUGCAUAGCGGGGACGUCCUCACGGCAAUCUACUUCCUGUCACGCGGCUCCAUCGAGAUCCUCAAAGAUGACAUCGUGGUGGCCAUUUUAGGUAAAAAUGACAUCUUUGGAGAGAUGAUCCACCUUAAUGCCAAACCGGGAAAAGCCAACGCAGACGUGCGCGCGCUGAGCUACUGUGACCUGAGCACCAUUCAGAGAGAGGAGCUGCUGGAGGUGCUCGACAUGUACCCGGAGUUUGCCGAUUACUUCUUCAACAACUUAGAGCUGACGUUUAACCUCAGGGAUGACCCCGUACAGGCUUCAGGUUCCCAGGAGUGUGAGUCCGACCUUGAAGCCCCAAAGACCAUUAAGCGAAGAAUCUCAUUUACCCCGGAUCUCCCCGACCCGGAAAACAAGGAGGCGGUGCGGGAGCAGGGGUCCAACUCGUGCCUGAAGAGAUACUCGGAUGUGCUGACCAUCCCCUCACCGGACACCCCUGCCGUGGAGGUGCCUCUGAUGGGACAGCUGCCGGAGAGCCUGGUCCGGGCUUCCUCCUACCAAGAUGAGCGCGGUGAUAAAUGGAGCUGUAAGAAGCCCACAGACUACCUGGAUGAGUCAGCACAGUUCCCGGAUCUGCCAGGAGUUGACGAGAGCUCUGCCAGCGACAUCACCUACGGAGAGGUGGAGCAGCGCCUGGGACAGCUGCAGGAGCACCUCAACCGGCUGGAGACUCAGCUGAUGACAGACAUCCACACCAUCCUUCAGCUGCUGCAGAGACAGCCCACCCCUGGACCCCCUGCAUACAGCACAGUCACAGCCAGCCCUGAGUACCACAAACCAACCACCAAGCCCCAGCCUGCCCCCCUGUCCACCAGCCACUUGUUCAGCCAUACAGGGCAGCAGGGCCCGUCCCACAGAGCGGAGCCGGCGCCCGGUGAAGCCAAAGACUGUGCUGGGUCCAGUUUGACCACAGCGUCAGAGGACAGCCUUACCGCUCUGCUCGGACACAGCUACAGCGAGCAGCAAACAGAGACUCAGCAGCUGCAGCCCAUGUCCCUCCACACUCACCCGGCCUUCAUCCUGCCCUCCUCUUCCUCACCGCCUCAUAGCGACAUUACCCCGCACCCACAAGGACCAGCCUCAGACUCAGACAGCACAGGCCCAUAG